AUGUCAGAAUUCUAUAAGUUAGCUCCUAUCGACAAGAAGGGUCAGCCUUUUCCUUUUGACCAAUUAAAGGGCAAAGUGGUUCUCAUUGUCAAUGUCGCUUCUAAAUGUGGGUUCACUCCUCAGUACAAAGAGCUGGAAGCCCUGUACAAAAGUUACAAGGAUCAAGGGUUUACUAUCAUCGGGUUUCCAUGCAACCAGUUUGGCCAUCAAGAGCCAGGUUCCGAUGAAGAAAUUGCCCAGUUCUGUCAAUUAAACUAUGGCGUGACCUUCCCCAUUAUGAAAAAAACUGACGUUAAUGGUGGUAACGAGGACCCCGUCUACAAAUUUUUGAAGAGUCAAAAAUCUGGUAUGUUGGGACUGAGAGGUAUCAAAUGGAACUUUGAGAAAUUCUUGAUCGAUAAAAAGGGUAAAGUCCACGAGAGGUACUCUUCACUAACCAAGCCCUCUUCGCUGUCCGAAACCAUUGAGGAACUGUUGAAAGAAGUGGAUUAG